GCAGGUCUCCGUGUGACGUCACAGAGCCUACCCGGAAGUUGCUCACCGAGCUGAAACCGGCUCAACAGAUGGUAAACGUUCAUCUGACACUUCUGAGAGGACUAGAACAUGUUUACAAGCUCUUCGUGGACCUCGUGAAGAAGUCCUCCAGACCUCCGGAUGGCCCCUUGGAGGAGGAAGGCCGACGGGACGGGGGAACGCGCUUCCGAGGCGGACACCAUCGUCCCCACCCCCACCCAGAAGCACAGUAUCUGCAUGGUCUCGGACUUCUUCUACCCCAAUAUGGGCGGGGUCGAGAGCCACAUCUACCAGCUGUCGCAGUGCCUGAUGGAGAAGGGCCACAAGGUGGUGAUCGCCACGCACGCGUACGGCCGCCGGAAGGGCGUGCGCUACCUGACUGGCGGGCUGAAGGUGUACUACCUGCCCCUGCAGGUGAUGUACAACCAGUCCACCGCCACCAGCUGCUUCCACAGCCUGCCGCUGCUGCGCUGCGUGUUCGUGAGGGAGGCGGUCACCGUGGUGCACGCCCACAGCUCCUUCUCCGCCAUGGCCCACGACGCCCUGUUCCACGCCAAGACCAUGGGUCUGAACACGGUGUUCACUGACCACUCCCUCUUUGUGUCUCAGGUGUUCACUGACCACUCCCUCUUCGGCUUUGCGGACAUGAGCUCGGUCCUGACCAACAAGCUGCUGACGGUGUCGUUGUGCGACACCACCCACAUCGUGUGCGUCUCCUACACCAGCAAGGAGAACACGGUGCUACGGGCGGCGCUGGACCCCCGCAUCGUCUCCGUCAUCCCCAACGCCGUGGACCCCACCGACUUCACCCCCGACCCCGCCCGGGCCCCCAGGGGCCGCAUCACCGUGGUGGUGAUCAGCAGACUGGUGUACCGCAAGGGCAUCGACCUCCUGGGGGGCAUCAUCCCGGAGCUCUGCCUCAGACACCCCGACCUUGACUUCCUGAUCGGGGGGGAGGGGCCUAAGAGGAUCGUCCUGGAGGAGGUGAGGGAGAAGUACCAGCUGCACGACAGGGUGCGCCUGCUGGGGGCCCUGGAGCACCGGGAGGUCCGGGACGUCCUGGUGCAGGGGCACAUCUUCCUCAACACCUCCCUGACCGAGGCCUUCUGCAUGGCCAUCGUGGAGGGGGCCAGCUGCGGCCUGCAGGUGGUGAGUACCCGUGUGGGGGGGAUCCCCGAGGUGCUCCCUGAUGACCUCAUCCUGCUGUGUGACCCCACCGUGCGCUCGCUGAGCGACGGGCUGGAGGCCGUGAUUGGCCGGCUGCGGCGCGGCGCAGUGGCCUCGCCCGCCGCCGUGCACGCCCGCGUGAGGAGCCUCUACACCUGGAGGGACGUGGCGGAGCGCACCGAGAAGGUGUAUGACCGGGUGUGUGUGGAGGAGGUCCUCCCGCUGGCCGGCCGGUUGCUCCGCCUCCGGGACCACUGCGGGGGCGUGGCCGGCUCCAUCUUCGCCUUCGUCGCCGUCCUCAACUUCCUGUUCCUGCUGCUGCUGCGCUGGCUGGUCCCGGACCAGGGCAUGGACCGCGCCCUGGACGCCAGCGGGCCCCAGGCGCUGUGGGGGCCCCCGCAACGGGACCCGCCAGCAGAGGAGGCUGGAGAGGGGUCCCAACCGCAGAGGGACCCCUGGUCUGAUGGGGCCCCUACAGCAGAGGGACCCCUGGUCUGAUGGGGCCCCUACAGCAGAGGGACCCCUGGUCUGAUGGAGCCCCUACAGCAGAGGGACCCCUGGUCUGAUGGGGCCCCUACAGCAGAGGGACCCCUGGUCUGAUGGGGCCCCUACAGCAGAGGGACCCCUGGUCUGAUGGGGCCCCUACAGCAGAGGGACCCCUGGUCUGAUGGGGCCCCUACAGCAGAGGGACCCCUGGUCUGAUGGGGCCCCUACAGCAGAGGGACCCCUGGUCUGAUGGGGCCCCUACAGCAGAGGGACCCCUGGUCUGAUGGAGCCCCUACAGCAGAGGGACCCCUGGUCUGAUGGAGCCCCUACAGCAGAGGGACCCCUGGUCUGAUGGGGCCCCUACAGCAGAGGGACCCCUGGUCUGAUGGGGCCCCUACAGCAGAGGGACUUCGGUCGUCUUCAUGAACACUGGAUUGUUUCUAUGGAGGGACACACAAGGUCCUCCCAGAGGGGCCCCUCCGGUCUCGGGGGGGGGGGGGGGUCUCCAGGUCUCCAGGGGGCCCCUCCAGGGCCACAGGCCUUUAGGGUCUGGCAGCGUUGGACUUUUCUGCACCAAGAUGUUUAACCCCUACAGACUGGCCAGAUGUUUAACCCCUACAGACUGGCCAGAUGUUUAACCCCUACAGACUGGCCAGAUGUUUAACCCCUACAGACUGGCCAGAUGUUUAACCCCUACAGACUGGCCAGAUGUUUAACCCCUACAGACUGGCCAGAUGUUUAACCCCUACAGACUGGCCAGAUGUUUAACCACUAGAGACUGGCCAGAUGUUUAACCCCUACAGACUGGCCAGAUGUUUAACCCCUACAGACUGGCCAGAUGUUUAACCCCUACAGACUGGCCAGAUGUUUAACCCCUAGAGACUGGCCAGAUGUUUAACCCCUACAGACUGGCCAGAUGUUUAACCCCUACAGACUGGCCAGAUGUUUAACCCCUACAGACUGGCCAGAUGUUUAACCACUAGAGACUGGCCAGAUGUUUAACCCCUACAGACUGGCCAGAUGUUUGACCACUAGAGACUGGCCAGAUGUUUAACCACUAGAGACUGGCCAGAUGUUCAACCCCUAGAGACUGGCCAGAUGUUUAACCACUAGAGACUGGCCAGAUGUUCAACCCCUAGAGACUGGCCAGAUGUUUGACCACUAGAGACUGGCCAGAUGUUUGACCACUAGAGACUGGCCAGAUGUUUAACCCCUACAGACUGGCCAGAUGUUCAACCCCUAGAGACUGGCCAGAUGUUUAACCACUAGAGACUGGCCAGAUGUUUAACCAAUAGAGACUGGCCAGAUGUUUAACCCCUACAGACUGGCCAGAUGUUCAACCCCUAGAGACUGGCCAGAUGUUUAACCACUAGAGACUGGCCAGAUGUUCAACCCCUAGAGACUGGCCAGAUGUUUAACCACUAGAGACUGGCCAGAUGUUCAACCACUAGAGACUGGCCAGAUGUUUGACCACUAGAGACUGGCCAGAUGUUCAACCCCUAGAGACUGGCCAGAUGUUUAACCCCUACAGACUGGCCAGAUGUUUAACCCCUACAGACUGGCCAGAUGUUCAACCCCUAGAGACUGGCCAGAUGUUUGACCACUAGAGACUGGCCAGAUGUUUAACCCCUAGAGACUGGCCAGAUGUUUGACCACUAGAGACUGGCCAGAUGUUUAACCACUAGAGACUGGCCAGAUGUUCAACCCCUAGAGACUGGCCAGAUGUUUGACCACUAGAGACUGGCCAGAUGUUUGACCACUAGAGACUGGCCAGAUGUUUAACCCCUACAGACUGGCCAGAUGUUCAACCCCUAGAGACUGGCCAGAUGUUUAACCACUAGAGACUGGCCAGAUGUUUAACCACUAGAGACUGGCCAGAUGUUUAACCACUAGAGACUGGCCAGAUGUUUGACCAAUAGAGACUGGCCAGAUGUUUGACCACUAGAGACUGGCCAGAUGUUCAACCCCUAGAGACUGGCCAGAUGUUUAACCACUAGAGACUGGCCAGAUGUUCAACCACUAGAGACUGGCCAGAUGUUUGACCACUAGAGACUGGCCAGAUGUUCAACCCCUAGAGACUGGCCAGAUGUUUAACCCCUACAGACUGGCCAGAUGUUUAACCCCUACAGACUGGCCAGAUGUUCAACCCCUAGAGACUGGCCAGAUGUUUGACCACUAGAGACUGGCCAGAUGUUUAACCCCUAGAGACUGGCCAGAUGUUUGACCACUAGAGACUGGCCAGAUGUUCAGCCCCUAGAGACUGGCCAGAUGUUCAACCCCUAGAGACUGGCCAGAUGUUUAACCCCUAGAGACUGGCCAGAUGUUUAACCACUAGAGACUGGCCAGAUGUUUAACCACUAGAGACUGGCCAGAAGUUAGGGCGCUGUGACCAGCGGCCGGUGAUCUCUGGCCUCCGCUCCGAGAGUGUCUGACUGCCUUCUAAGGACGCUGAUGUUUGAUUUGCACCCUAACGAUCGACGGCCCCCGGGCACACACAUGCUAAUCAGGGCCCCUCGACUCAGCGCUCUGGGGCGGAGGAACAGAUUAGAAUGCUAAUCAGGAUGUAUUUUUGUAAAUGCUUUUGGCACAGUGAAAGUAUAUUUCUAUAAAUAACAUUUCCUACCAACA